UAUGUGCUGAUUAAUUAUAAUAAUUUACUGAAAAACAUAUAUGUUUAUUUGACAUACUUUAAACUCUACAUUCAUUAUCUAUGUUGUAUACAACUGUAACAUCGUGAUAUAUUACUAUUAGUUAAUCUCGGAAGAGUGAUACGGGGGUUGUUAAGUAGUUAUUAAAUGAUUAAAGUGAUACAUUGCGAGAAGAUGGUAUUAAAACUUUAAUCGCAAUCUUUACAUUUAAACUAAAGAGGAUAGUGUGAUAAUUUUACUGCAUUUACUGUAUUUUUCGUGUAUUGGAUACAAACAGUUUUAAUGACAUCGGCUGAAAAUUAAAAUCAACCUGUUUACAUGCCCGAUAUGGUUCGAUGACAGUGCAUAAAUCUCGUGUUAAAUCUAUUUAAUUUCAAAGUUUUAUUACAAUAUAUUGUGGUAAAAAUCGAACUCAUUGCACUAAUAUGGCGACUACUACAAACAAUAUUGUUACCACCUUGUCACCAAAUAUAUCCGGAUGUAUCAAAGUGGAACUGGCUAAUAUCACUGCCAGAGGAAAUUUUGGUUCCAUACAACCAGUUCUCGAGAAAUAUGAAACCGGUCUCUUGCUUCUUCUUGGUUUUGCGGGCGUGUCUGUCAUUCUGGCAUUGCUUCAUCAAUUGGUUAGAAAACACGUGUACCAUGACGUCAACAACGUUGACACCGCCUUCGACGCUGGUGGGCGGGUCAGCACUAGUUUGACAGCUGUUACUGUGGCAUCUCAAUUUCUUUGGCCAGGCGAUAUUCUACAAAGUUCUACUAUUACUGUUAAAAGCGGAAUAUCCGGUCCCUUAUGGUAUACAGUUGGCGCAGCUUUAAAUAUUGCCCUGUUUCCGAUAGUGUCCGUCUAUCUGAAAACACGGGCUCCCGGGGCAAAAACCUACCUACAGAUAAUGAAAGCACGAUAUGGGAAGCCUGCCCACGUGAUAUUCGUCAUCUUAGCGUUGCUCGUUAAUCUUUGUGUGAUAUCAACUCUUCUCGUCGCCGGCGUCACUACAAUCCAGUCAUACACCGUCGGCGCAUCCGACGAGUUCUGUGUCAUGAUUAUUGCAGUCCUGUUUGGCUCAUAUUCGUUUAUAGGUGGUUUAGGUACAACUUUCUACGUGUCGUACUUUAACGCCGUGCUAAUAUUUGGUAUACUUAUAGCAUUAAAUGUAAACAUUUUAUAUUCACCUAACGAUGACUCGGGUAUUGGGUCCAUUGAUAAAAUCUACGAGAAGAUGGAAUGUCUGAUUGCACCAGAGGGCAAUGCGGAAAGAAGUUAUUUCACCUUCAAAUCCGAGAAUGGACUUGUCUGGGCAUUCAUGGGACUGUGUGUCACCGCCUCUUUAACUUAUUGUGACCAAGCUGCGUGGCAGAGUCGGAUCGCAGCAAAGCCACUUCAAGGGGUGUUGGGUUUUCUGAUCGCCGCCUAUAUUUGGUUUGCCAUACCAAUCUCUAUAUCAACAUCAGCUGGUCUAGCCUAUCUCUCCAUGUCUUUGGAUAAUUCUUCAAGUAUUCUCUCACCGGAAGACGUAGACGCUGGACUUGUAACGCCGUUCAUGGCGGAGCGCUUCUUAGGCAACGUAGGCGGCGUCCUUAUAGUAACUAUGGUUGCAAUGACCUUAAUGAGCACGGGGUCAGGAGAGGUCAUGGCCGUUUCAUCUAUCAUAGUUUACGACAUCUAUCAAGUCUACAUCAACCCGUUCAGAAAAUCUCACGACGCUGAGGACUGUAUCCUAUGUAAUAAAAGACUCAACAAACAAAGCAAAUCUGUGGACCAGUCUGUAACUUGCACGUGCCCGAAUGUAAUCGCGUGUCAGGAAUGUAAAACGGAUGAGGAAAUAAAUUCAAAAGAAGGGCUUACAUAUAUUGGGCAAUAUCGUUGUCAGUAUCAUGGAAGGUAUCGGCAAUACCAGGAACGGAUGCUUGGUUAUAAAAGUUGGUGUAUUCUGUGGGUAACCAUAGGUAUCGUUCCAUUAGGUCUAGCGGUGAUAUCCAGCGGGAUUGACCUGAACUGGAUAAUGUUGAAUGGAUUUAUCGUCACACUUCCAUGUUUUCCUCCUGUAGUGCUGUCCAUAUUUUGGAGUAAAACAUCUAGAGCGGGCGUAAUAUCUGGCGCAUUGUUUGGCGUCGUGUGUGGUGUGAGUGUUUCCUUAGGUGUGGCAUCGACUUAUGAAGGAGGACUCGACAAUUUUCUCGUAAAUACCGUGCAAAACUUCUCUGUAAUGGGUGGGGCUGCCACAAGCAUGGGAGUGAGUUUUCUGGUAACGUUCUUGGUUUCGUGUGGAACGCAUAAUAUCAAAUCCAAGAACGAUGUUAAACGGGAAUGGACGAAAUUACGGGAUAUAGACAAUCCGUUACACCCCUGGUCACAACUGUAUACUGAAGAUAUACCCGGUCUGGAGAAGGGAGAUAACCCUACGGAGGAACAGCUUGAUUUCGUGUUUAAAAAGGCACGAAUUCUGGCGUAUGUAGGUGGCGCUGUCACCGUUGUCCUCUUUGUUGGCAUUGUGCCAGGAGUAAUGCUCAGUCUGCACGUGCUAACUGUGAGCCAAUUUGAAAUUUGGACGCUUAUUUUGCAAAUAUUUUGUUUUUCAAUGGCGACAGUGGUUGUGAUCGUAGCGCCAACAGAGGAAAUUAUUCAAAUAUGCCGACAAAGGAAAGAAAAUAAAAAAGAAAGGAGAAGAAAAAGACGUUCAAAUAUGAGCGCAUACAUAAACGGAAUACCUCUUGAUUCAACAUAAACAAAACAUACUUGUUUGACAUCAUAUCCUAAAAUAUUUCGUCAUGAAUGUAGAAAAUGCAAAAUUUGUUUUUAGAAUUUAGAUUUUUAUACGUUUGAGUAGAAGUAUGAUAAUUAUGUUUAUACAAAAAAACUAUUGUUCAUUAUUUUUUAAGAAUUUAAAUAGGUUCAUUUUAAGCUAUUCGGGGAGCAUCACUCGGCUCAACCGGUUCUUUUUCAAAAUUAUUUAUCAAAACAAAAUUAUUAUAAUUAUUCUUAAGGAAGGUUGUCAGAUUAAAAAUCGCUGCAAUAUAUGGUUUUCAAAACACUUCCAUCUGUUAGAAAAUUUAAGAAUUCCCACAAAAGUUACAGCAUUUGAUACAAAAUUCAUUUUGAAAUAAAAUGGUAAACGUAUAAUUUAACUAUUCUGGAGUAAAUAUAAAACCGUACGUGUGAUUCUAACGGCACUACCCUUAACCGUGUGAUUAUUACGCCGCAGCGUAUUAAUCACACGUGUGGUAAUAUUACCACACAGGCGAUGAUUACGCGACACCGGCUUUCUCGCGUCGUGCGUCAAAUAUAUAUAUUCAGUGUGCAUAUUUGUCAACACAUAUCAAUGUGCAAUACAGAUAAAAUGAGUAAUGAAGACUAGUUUGUUUGUU